UCCAUUACAGAAAUGGAGAUGGUCCUGAUCAGUUCGAUCAUCUCCAUUCUCACUGUUCUUCUGCUGUUUCUGAAGCACAACAAGUCUCCAGGGAAAUGGAACACUCCUCCGGGGCCAAAAGGGGUUCCCAUUUUGGGGAAUCUUCUCCAGCUGGGAGAUCUGCCCCACGAAGCUAUGCAACAAUGGCGAAAAACGUACGGUCCUGUAAUCUGGCUGAGGUUGGGUACAGUCAACGCUCUGGUGGUGCAGAAUGCGGCUUCCGCCGCCGAGCUGUUCAAGAAGCACGACGUCGUGUUCGCCGACAGGACGGUGCCGGACGUCCUGACAGCCAACUGCUUCAACCAGGGAGCGCUCGGCCUGAACCCGUUUGGGGACACUUGGCGGCGGCUGAGGCGGAUCUGCUCCAUGGAGUUCCGGGUAAACAGGCGUCUGAACGAGACGGUGGAGAUGAGGCAUCGGAUUAGGGAUAACAUGCUCCGGUGGAUCCUGGAGGAGUCGGCGGCGUCCAGGGCCGCCGCCGGGAGUGGCGCCGUGCAACUAAGCCGUUGCCUGUUUCUUAUGGCGUUCAACGUCAUGGGGAAUUUGAUGCUCUCCAGGGAUUUGAUGGAAGCCGGAGAUCCUGAAUCGCUGGAAUUUUGUCAGGGCAUGAAUAACGUCCUGGAACUGUCGGGAAUUCCCAAUAUUGCAGAUUACUUUCCGUUUCUGAAACGAAUGGAUCCGACUGGAAUGAAAAGGAAGAUGAAAGACAGCUUGGACCGUACCAUGAGAAUCACUUCCAGGUUCAUCGAAGAAAGGCUCCACGACAGACAGGCCGGGAAGGCUCGGGAUAACAUGGAUUUCCUCGACGUGUUGUUGGAUUACAGCGGCGAUGGGAAAGACGAGCACGACAGGAUCAGCCACCACAACAUCAACGUUCUCAUCACGGAAAUGUUUUUCGCCGGAGCAGAGACGACAAGCGUGAGCAUCGAAUGGGGGUUCACGGAGCUUCAACGGAACCCUAGAACGUUUCAGAAGCUUCGGGAAGAAAUAGACCGGGUCGUCGGGUUGAAGAGACGGGUGGAAGAGAAGGACACGGAGAAUUUGCCUUAUCUUCAAGCGGUGGUUAAGGAGAUGCUGAGACUGCACCCGGUGCUGCCAUUGCUGAUUCCCCGGAAGACGAAGGAGAGCACCACCUACCUGGGGUACCAAAUCCCCAAGGGCACCCAGGUCCUGGUGAACGCCUGGGCAAUCGGGCGGGACCCGGACUCCUGGGAGGACCCGCUGAGUUUCAUCCCGGAGCGGUUUUUGGAAUCGGGCGUGGAGUACGAGGGGCAGCACUUCGAAUUUAUCCCAUUCGGGUCGGGUCGGAGGAUGUGCGUGGGUUCCCCGCUGGCUCAACGGGUGGUGCCCCUGGCUCUGGCGAGUUUGGUCCAGGCCUUCGAGUGGGAUUUGGGACCGGGGCCAGGACCAGGACCAGGACCAGGAGUCAAAGCAGAGGACAUUGAUACACAAGAGAAGAUGGGGCUGACGCUCACCAAGAAGAAUCCACUCUUUGUUAUUCCUAAGACUCGAUUAUUCCUUUGA